AUGGCUAGUAAUGGAAAUUCAAUUCCCGAUUAUCUAGACAAAAAUAGUAUAGAGUGGGUACCAUUAACACUAACAUUGGUAGAAUAUCCUAAAGACGACUUAUUUGGCAAAUUUCUAGCUCUAAUCAGCCUAGCUCCGUUCGGAAUAGGUUCCGGUUUCAUAGCUUUAAUUCUAUUCAGGAGGGAUUUGCACACAAUAACGUUUUUCUUGGGAACGAUCGUUUCCGAAUUAUUAAAUUACAUUCUAAAACACAUAAUAUGCGAAGCUAGGCCUUUACGAAGGGAAGGAGUCCAUGUCGAAUAUGGCAUGCCUUCAUCUCAUGCACAAUUCGUGUGGUUUUUUGCCACAUACGUCAUAUAUUUUGUGUACAUAAGACUUCAACACAUGAACAACAACACCAUCAUUCAGAGUCUAACAAAAUUCCUGAUACUAUCCGCAUCUAUAUCUAUGGCUGUUCUAGUCAGCAUAAGUAGAGUAUAUUUAGAAUACCACAGCCUGUCCCAGGUGCUGUACGGGGCCCUGCUGGGCGUCCUGUUCGCCACGCUGUGGUUCGCUCUGACCUAUCUGGUGCUGGCCCCGUCGUUUCCGCAGGUGGUGUCGUGGAAAAUAUCGGAGCUGCUGCUGCUGCGGGACACUACGUUGAUACCCAAUGUGCUGUGGUUCGAGUACACGAACGCCAGAAGCGAAGUGAGGGCUAGAAGGAAAAAAUUGGUCAGCAUGAAAUCCCAAUGA